AUGUCAAAAUGUAAGGGACUGGUCAAGCAUGGUUGGGCUGCACCAGUGGACGGGCUACUAACGGCGCCCGUCUCGGUCCGUUUGUUUAUUCGAGGGUUCCGGCCACGCAUGGCCCACACUCCCUCUUUCAUGGAGUCCGUGGUGUUCGACCAGUCCCCUCUCGCCGACUAUCUUCGAGAUGAAGGCGAAGAUGGCCAGGCCGAGUGGGCGCAAGCCGAACCCGAUCUCGACUCCUCACCACCCUCGAGCCCCGGCUUCGCACCGACAGGACUCCCCAAGGUCCGCUCACGAUUCCGCAACAAGAUACCCGAGCCUCUGAAAGUCGAGAUUCCGAACCAGACGCCGGCAUCACUCAACUACUUUCGACGAAGCUACUCUACCGCUGUAGCGAACAGGAUAGACCGCGCCGACAACUCCAAGUUUAUCGAGCAAUUUCGCUAUACGAUUGUCGCAUCCCAGCUCCUGAGCGGACACUCAAUUACCGGCCAUAAUCAUGCGAGCUCUCGGUACCUGCCGAACGCGGAACACGGACAGGGGAACGACAACGGCCUUCUAGACUCCACCGGGGCUCUCGGUGCAGUAUUGGGAGCCCUGGCAUUGGCGUUUGCCAUCAGCUGGAUUGUCGGAGGGGGGUCCCUGACGAAGAAACGUCUCGCCGUUCUGCUUGUCACUGCGGCGAUCGCUGCAGGGGUUGCACAGGUGUUCAUGCGCAGGCAGUGGUUGCGACUGAUGCUGGGACAGGAGCGCACCGCUGCCGCCGAUCAGCCGAAUGGAGGACCGCACACAGACGCGGAGGCGUAUGACCAGACCUUUACCGUCGUCAAGGGAUUCUCUGAGCAGCUGGAUCUGGAAAAGUAUUUUGACAUUUACGACGUCAGCGAUCUGGACAUCUCAGAUGCGCAACACGGCCUCGUCGAGAGCGACCCAGAGGACGCGGAGUCACUGCGCAUGCUCAAGAUUGCAGCUUCACGAUUCCACACCAUGCGCAAGAUGGCGCUUUGCGCUCUGCUGGCUCUUGACGCCAGUGGUGACAGUAGCGAUCUCAUGCGUUGGACGACCGCCGUAGAAGCUCUCCGUGCGCUCAAUAUGUCUACGUCUUCGAGUUUCGAACGCCUCAAGACGAUACUGAGCGAGCAGGAAUGCAUUCGAGGCCUGCAAGCCAAGCUGCAGCUGCUGAGGGAGGAAUCUGACCGGACACUGAACGAAUCCGACGAUAUUUCCGAAAUGGGAUCCAAUCUCAUGUCACAAUAUGAAUCAAUCGGCGUCGACCUCAAGGCGUUGAUGCAAGCCUGGGAAGAGGGCAAGGCGGCUCUUGCCGUGGGUAUCGACCGGAACGAGAAACGCCUGUCAUCGAUGAGUACGCUCUUGUCACCGACGAGCUCCAUCAGCGGCCCCACAGUCGUGGAAGAAGGAGGUGGCGCCAUGGAAGCUCUCAAAGCCCUCAAUGGCGAACUCCCUUCGAGUCAUGCCAGCAGCAAUGCAGACAGCGAUGAGAUAUUCGAAGCCUACUCUGCCUGA